CCAAACUUGGAGCUGAAGUGUAGCGCGCUUCUCCCCUCGCGCUGUUAUUUGGACUCAGUCAUGUCGAACAACAGCGCCGCCAACAGCAGUUUAGUCAUCGCUCAGAAGGCAGUGAAACAGCUUCGUCUGGAGGCCAGCGUCCGUCGGAUAAAGGUUUCUCAGGCUGCUGCAGAACUGAAAACCUUCUGUUUGCAAAAUGCCCACAAAGACCCGCUGCUCACCGGUGUGCCCUCCAGUGAUAACCCAUUCAGGCCUCCCAAGUCAUGUGUCCUCCUCUGAGAUCUGUGGAGUGCGUGACACUGAGGCAGACUCCUCAUCGGGCUAAUGUGGGUGUCUGUCCUGUGCAGCACCACUGCUGAAGACGAGGAAGACCAGCCCCUGAGUUAGGCAGUGAAGGAACUGAUGCAACGAUUUCAGCUGGAACAUUUAGCCAAUGUUAUUUUUAUGAUAUGUGUGUUUCUGUGGACUUCAUAGAGUUACACAAUAAAACUUCAAUGUGCAAUUUUUAUGACCAAAACCAGUGUUUCUGACCACUUCACAACACCUCUUUUGAAAGCAUUUUUAACAGUGGCCGUCAAUGGAUGAAAGCUCAUGUAGCUGAAGACAACGUGAACCCCUAUGAAAAUCACAUCAUAAAAUACACAAUUCUUAUCAGAGUAUUUCCAUUUACAGAUGUUUCCCAGAACAAGCAGCAGGAAGGACAGACUGAUGGUCAGCUGAGGCUGGCUCCAGAUGUCACACUCUUAAAAUGACCAGUUUUAAAACAGAUAAACGUUGGGGACAAAAACAGGGACGUGUGUCCAUCGAUAGAAUAACAAAUAACACGAGUUAAUUAUACUGACAGGCCGUCCACAUGUGUGUGUGCUCCAGUUUCUGUGGAUGAAAUUCUAGCAUUUCAUUUCUAUGGUAUUUAGCACGACUAGCAGGCCAUUGCUAAUGUUAGCAGAUAACAAAUAUGAAAACUUCUGGUUAUCAAAAACCAGCAAAGUGACAGCCCAAAAGGUCAGGGUUCAAAAUGGGCAACAUCACCGUGGCUACAUUUAUCUUUUAUGUUCAGCUGUUCUUUUUGCUUGUUUUGGUCUGCUUGGUUUCUGAAACACUAGAUGACAUCAUUCAAAAUGAUUCCGUUUAUGAACAGCAUAUUUAUUCCCAUCAUCAGUUUGGGAGGAACAGGAGCUGAUUUAAAUGUCUGUAAUCAUCCAUUUUUUACCACUGCAGGUGACUGUGAGCUCAUUUAUAGCCGUCUUCAGCACAGGUAUAAAUGAACUGGGCAUAAAUGAGGUUCACUGGGCACAGAGCUUAUUAAAAAAAAUUAACCUGAAUAUCUUUGAAAUUUGGACCAUUGGCAGAUAAUACCAAUCAAGAUCAAGGAAAAGAAUAAAUACUUGAUUUAUCCCAAAAGUUGAGAAAUGACUUUAUUAUAGCAGUUACAGAUGUGAGGAAGUGAUUCAGUAAAUUACAAACUAAAUAUUAUACAACAAGCAGCUUAAAAUGAGGUGUUGUGGUAUGUUGUGUGUUGUAAAGGUUUUGUGUGUUUGUGCUAAUGGCAGCAGAAGAAGUGCAGAGCGUGGUCUGGAUCCAGUCAUUAUACACAGAAAACUUAGAUGGUAUGUAUUUGAAUUAAUAUAAUAAUGUAAAAAGAAGAGCAGAUGUUUUACAGUGACUCCAGUUUACAGUGUUAUGAAAUGUGCCAGAUAUUGACCUUCAUGGUUUGCUUUGCUCGGACCUUUAGCUUAUCAACUAUUGGACAUAUUGCAUUCAAU